GUUUUCUUGGCCGUUCUGGGGGUCCCAGGCCAGCGCCGGAACGAAUGGCAACGCGACUCCGCUCAAAAUUGACAGCGGCAGAAGGCGAGCGACGCCAACUUUGACAACGCGGGCACUGACAGUCCGAUCUGGCUGGUCGCGAUGAACCUUCGUAGCACCCACGCACAUGUAGAGCGAUGCGCCGGGGACCGGCAGCACAUACGGGCAGAGGAACGCAGAUGAGGGAGCGUCGGGUCGCAUAAAAGCAGAGCUGGGCGAGUAGCAUCCCCUCCUUCUUCACACCGCCUCACACCAACCCAACCAACAUACACAGCCCCCAACCCCCAACACCGCUACAAUCAUGAAGGUCGCUUUCAUCGCUGCAUCGGUCCUCGCCGCCGUCUCUUCGGUCUCAGCCCACACGUACCUUGACCACGUCGUCCUCCCCGGCGGCGCAACUACUGACUGCAUUCGACACACAUCGACGUGGACAACCGGCCAGAGGAACUUCCCCAUCAAGGACUUGGCCAGCAAGGACAUGAUCUGUGGGUUUGCGCCCACUCAGCCCGCGGCCGCCACGUGCCCCAUCACCGCCGGCAGCAAGAUGUCUUUGUUCUUCGGCCACGACCGUGCUGGGGACGACAUCAUCGCGUCCUCCCACAAGGGUGCUUGCGAGGUCUACCUCGCCGCCGCACCCGCGGAUGGCAGCAUGCCCACCGGCGACGCUUGGUUCAAGAUCUUCGAGCACGGUUUCGACAAGGCCACCAACAAGUUCUGCACGGAGGUCCUGAUGGGCAACGGAGGCCAGCUGGACAUCACCAUCCCCGCCCAGGUCCCAUCGGGCAAGUACCUCUUGCGCACGGAGAUCAACGCCCUGCACGAGGCCGACACCCUGUACACCAACAACCCUGGCCGUGGGAUCCAGCUCUACGUGUACUGCGCUGAGAUGCAGAUCACCGGAACCGGCAACGCCGACUUUGAGCCCAAGACCCUCAUCCCCGGAAACGUCAACUUCCAGAGCCCCGGUGUCCUGUUCAACCUCUACGCUCCUUACGACUCUUACCCCACCUUCGGCCCCGCCGUUGCCACUGCUGGCGGUGCUGCCCCCGCUCCCGUCCCGGUCCCGGCUCCUUCCUCCUCUCCCGCUGCUCCCGCGCCGGUCUCUACCCCCGCGGCGCCUGUGCCUACCUACACGGCGCCCACCGACCCCGAAUACUCUACCGAGGCGCCUGUGCCUACCUAUACGGCGCCCACUGACCCUGAGUACUCCACCGAGGCCCCGGCCCCUACUGCUGCGCCUACCUCUGCACCGGCUCCCCCCAAGUGCCGCAAGAGGAACUAAGUCAUUUGCGAUAUGACGAAUGUCCCAUCGCAAGUAUAUACCGUUCGCCCGACUUUAUAGAAGCUUGAUCUCGCUACAAAGGCAAGCGAUUUGUUCAUAGAUGCGAAAUGCAAGAUAGAUGUAGAUAGAUACACACAUAUAGAUAGACCGAUUUCACAAGAUAGAUGAACGAGAUGAACCGUUGAAUAUAAAUAGAAUUACGAAGCUUUGCAAACCA